AUGGAGGUAAUCGCUAUUGUGUUGACUGUGUUGUUUUCUGUGUUUUUCGUAACUUACAAUUUGUUAUGCUGCCUGUGUACCGGUCGAGGAGGAGGUAGGAUGAAGCAGCCACCAAAAAAGAUCACCACUAGCAUCGGUAGCCAUGCCACACGUGAUGGGAAUAUGGUUGUUUUGGCUAGAGAGGGUGGUGUGGUAGUUGGCACGGCUACAGCUAGUGGUGUCAUGACUAAGGACAAUAAACGUGAUCGUGAUAAUAAUAUUAGUGGUGGUAGUGGAGCUGCGGCAGUUGGAGGUGUUAAUGGGACGGAUAAUUCGGGUACGAACCACGGGUGUUGUUGUGGCGGUGGUGAUAGUGGUGGUGGUGGUUGCGGUGGUUGUGGGGGAUGUGGAGGUUAGUUAGCCAUUUUAUAGAGUUGUCAUGGUUGAUAAUUGUAAGAUGUAAUGCACAUUUGCUUUUUCCUUUUCUUUGUAAUUUUAAUUUCUUUC